UCUGCUUUUUGUGACGAGAGCCAGCUUUCUUUCGUUCUAUCAUUUGGUAUCCUCACAGGCUACGUAUUUUCCGUGGAAAUUCUCCUGUUUUUGCCACUACCACAGCGUCGACAGCAUGAGCGCAACGCCACGCUUCUAUCGGGAAGUGUGGACGGGUGCGCGGGAGACCAACUACGCCAACACGGUGCUGGUGCGGCGCGACGGUGGCCAGUGGUGGUUAGGCUACGUUCAGGACGUCCGAGGAAAGGAGCUCCUCGUGGACUUCGAUGCCAGCACAGUCCAGCCCCAGUGGAUCCAUACCAGUCUCAUCUGGCCGCACCACUCACGAUAUUAUACGUUGGAUACGUACGUCAACACCGUCGUGCAGGUGGCGCUGCGGGAGCGCCCGGGUGGACCGCUGGUCUUCCGUCCCGCGCGCGUCGUGGCGCAGUGGCGAAGCGUGUUCCUGGCGGUGUGUCUGGAUGAGCAGAAGCCUCAGGAUUGCUUCUUCGUGCAUGGCAGUCUGUUCGCGGAAGCCCUACCCGUGCCGGGUGAUGGACAGAGUUUCUUCGCGCGCACGGAUGGUCUGACGUACACCAAGCACGUCAUCCCCUUCCCCGCCGCCGGCCAGCUGCGCCACGUCGACCACCUGCCGGAAUUCGUGGGCCGGGCAUGCCAGUUCCGUCUGGGCAGUGGAGAGCGUCUGUUCCGUAAUCCGCCGUUGCUGCGGGUGGAGGGUGGUGGCACGCCGUUCUACGCCGUUCCAGCGUUCCGGGGACUCAUCGGGGGAGUUUUUCGAGGAGUCGAAGUAGUGGUGCGCCUAUUUGUUCGUGCGGGAACGGACUCUGUGACGUUUGUCUGUCUGGAGAUGCACAAUGCGGCCGUCGGGCGCCGGAUGUCCUGGAACGAGGAGGUCCUCAAGGAGGUCUGCCAGAGUUUCCUGCAGGAGCAUUCAGUGGAGAACAUUGCCGUCGUACCACAGCAGCUGGAGGGCGGUGCCUCCGGCGGCGGCUCAAAAGGUGCGGAAGAAGCGUCCAUAAAGGAACUGGCGAUUCCGAUCCUGACGUGCAUCCUGACUGGUGUCGAUGCGGAUGCGCACACUCAGCUACGCUUUUCCAGGGUGUGCGGGCUAUGGAAUGAGGUUGUGCGGACAUACGGGCAGCGCGUCGUCAUCCUGGACAGCGCCCAGAUGUGGCCGCAAAGGGCCUGUACGCACCAAUUCUCCUUUGAGAUCUAUCCCCGCUUCUUCAGGCUAUUUACCGCGGUGGACCACGCCGUCACCGCCAACACUGCAGCACUGCUGCUGCUGGGCGACCGCGACGAGCUUCUGGAUGACCAAUGGGGGUUGAUCGAUCUCAAACAGAAAAUGAAGAUGGUCCGCAGUGUACUGCACACUAAAGGAAUUCACCUGUCCUUAAUCGUGGUGCGGAACAAGGCUGUGGUGCCUGCGGACCCCGGGGAUCGCUUUCUAGCCAUCAAUAUCCCUUACCAGGCGGAGUAUGGCAUCGAUGUCGCCGACGACGAGUACACACUGCGAGCGGUGUCGUACAUGAUGAGCGUUUGUGAUGCGCUGGUCUUUGUCAACUACAAGGCGUCGCGCUCGAUCCUAAGGUCAGCGCGGAACCGCAUGUACAUCCGCACCGACGAGAAUUUCAUACCAGCCUCCCUAUACACCGACUGGAAAGAGGACUCCCCCAUCGACGUGGGUGUGACGAUUCCGCUGAUCCGCUUCCACUGCGACGAAGCCGCCACGGAGCAGCGCCGGCGCUUCCUGGCCGCGGCCAACGACAACUGUCCCGCUGUGAGGCAGCACGUCCGGGAAAAGAUCGCCGGGUUGUUUGCGCGAUGGGCGGACACGGUGCCCGAUGACGGACGGGCAGGAAUGCGCAAAUUCCUGCAGCUGUUCAACAGUCUGGGAGCGGGUGAUGAUGGCCGGCAGUGGGAGACGCUGGAUAUGCGCCGGCUGGAUGUGGGUUUGCUCAACAACCUGACCUUCGCCGCCCUCAACGGAUGCUACCUGGACGACGGCGAAGUGGAAGAAGUCGAGGAAGACAAUGAGUAGUCGAGGAAUUACGGUGCUGGUCAUGUCCAUUCGUCAGUUUUUUCUGGAAUUUGUGUGGCAUUUGGUUCCUGCUAACCCGUUGUGUUGAUGGGUACGUCACUUUUCACGGGGUUUGUGCUUUAAUAUCCGGUCACAUAUAAACUUUAAUUUCAACCUU